AUGUUGAAGACAGUGCAGAGGAAAGGACUCUUAGCGCGAGCAUGUGCUUUUAUGUCUGUGCUCAAGGCUCAAGGUGAACCAGAUGUGAAGCAAGUGAAAGAUUGUUCUUGGCACAUGAUGAAAGUGAAUAUUGCUCUUGGGUUCACGGGAAUUGACGGAAAGACACCGCUUUCCCAAAAGAGACACAAGGCCAUUGUCCUAUGGCACCAACAUACCGAGACAUGGUGCAACGCGGCACAUAGUUGGUGUAUUGUUGCCGCCUCUUGGCUGCUUUACACUCCCAGUGUCCAGGCGCCUACAACGAGCUUGCGUGUGUGGAGCCUUUCACUUUCUUUCUACGGUUCAGAGCUCUUGAUCGUGUAUGGCGUGAGAGCGCCAGUCAUGAACAUGAUUGAACAUCACAAGCUCGUCAGAAAGCCGGCUGAGGAAGUGUGGUGGAUUCGCUGUGCAGAGCUGCUUGUGCUGGUGAUUCUCACGGAGUGCUGCUGCAGCGUACGGCAGGCUGCCAAUGCCAACAGUGUUGUCUUCGAAAUCAAGUGUGGCUCGCAACGAUCCGCAGUCGAGUGUCCUGGCCAUCCCACCGUCUCCGCCGUACUCAACGCCGCGAUCGUUGCUCAGAAGCCGAAGGAGAGGCCGGAGCUGCAGCAGAGCCUCAGCGUUUCACUGCCGCCGUCAUCACGCACGAGCUCUAAGCUGGUCCGAGCUGCGCAGGGUCAAAAGGGGGAACUUUCGCUCCUAAACUUCUUCUCUUUUCCUUCUCAUCUGCUUGGUGUGGUCUCUCCCUGGUCUGCUAUCCAUCAGGACUCCAUUAGCAUGACCACUGAGACCGGUCAACACCCAGAACGAACGGAGGCCACAUUUCUUAACAGAGAUGAUUUGCUCGACCUCGUAAAAGUGGCCGACAUACAACUUUUCAUCAUGUUGUUGCCUUUCGCAGCUGCUUGGAGAAGAGUCUUCCACCCUGUGACGCCUUCUAUGUUGACUGAAUCGCCGACCUUUCUGUUGUCUUUGUCCACGAUCGUGCCCGCUGCCAUGCCCGCUGUUAUGGGUUGUUUGCGACGUGCUCGCAAAGCGGUCAGAGUAGCAGUGCUACAUGUCCUCGCCUCAUCUGCCACUGAGAACGGACAGCGAGAGCAGUCUUCAUCGAUGACAGCGGCAUGUCUGGGAAGUCUCCGAACCACAACUGUAUCUCCAUCAAUGAUUCAUCCAAAACGCAAGAAGCUGACGGUGCGUAGCAAAGUAUCACCAAGCCUGCGCGGCGGCAGGAGUCGAAGAAGCGACGAACACCCCUACCGCCAACAACCAGCGACAAGCGAGGGCCACCCGAAAGACAGCCACCGAUUGCGGUCUGGCGACAACAUUCGCGGCAUUACCAGCUUCGUCGCGCCCAAUGCUCCACCAACAUCCAAGCCGACUGAGCGGAGCACACAUCUGAAAACUCCACCUACACCAGCGGUCUGGCGGAGCAAGAGGCUCAGAGCGACGGCAGGGCCAUCAAGAAGGCGGACGAUGCCAGUGCAGAAAGACUCUUGCGAUAGAGUGCCAAUCCACGGCGUAUUGGGAGGACUUCUAGCAAACCGAACAGCGCAUUGGAGCGCCAUGCUAGUCUUACGUGUGCUCUCAUUAAGCCAGAGCCAAGGGCUAAUAGACAUCAAACCGGGAAGAGCUGCGCAAAGAGCUGCGCCAGCGUGGACCUGCCAACAAGAAAGAGCACUCCGGACAUCAAAAGCUUUGACAGCACCCAAGCGGAUGCUAAUCAUUGCUACGCCACCUAUUGGGAAAAUGGCAGCACAGUCAUUUGUUGCGGCGGUCUGCAAGGCUGCGGGAACGCCGACCUGCCAGGCAGUUGAUCAUCGUCCAGUUCCAGCAAGAAUAUCUGCCACAAGAAGCGUCUGGCGAGUGAUCAUAGCUCGUCAGGCGACAUCUCGGCACAUGCGGAGCGGAAUAAUAUCGCCUACCAUUGGAGGGUCACUGCCAGAGUGUGAUUCGAUAAUGCGGCAUUGUCCCCCUCUGGUAUGUGAAUCUGCUCAGGUAUUAGGGAAGUCCCAGAGCGCACCUGACAGAGUUAGAUCGAUCUUGAGCUCCGUGCAUGCUGCGUAUGAGAGAAGUCUUCCCAUGGAGCAGUAUAUGUGGUGUAUGGUGAGAGGACUAGGUCUAUUCGUGGCUUUUUCUUUCGAAAUUGAAGCUAUUGCGAUCGAGGAUCCAGUAAGACGCGAUAAAGUCGGUCAAUCCAGGACGAUGACGCUAUUGAUUGAUAUGAUCAUAGAAUCUCCCAGUAUGUCGGAUCAACCGAUGGCUUGUCUCGACGAGGAGUUGGGACUAUGGAGUGCCAAUGGGACGCCAUUUGUCGUAUCUCCUCGGAUUACGCCGCGCAAUCCAGAUUUAUAUUCAGCUUCUGUGUCAUUCAUGUACUCGACAUACACUCGAGCCGUGUAUGACCUCGGCGCAUCUUCAUGUCGAUUGCAGAUCCAACGCGCUUACUGCAGGAUUUCCAUCUCUUUCCCCAAUUCGUCGGUCCACUUGGCUGAUUCGUAUGAGGCGCUCAGUGCGGAGAACAAUCGGAUCUUCGUCGCUAUAGUCCGUCCGGCGAGAGAGCACUCAGACCAAGCAAACGCAGAGAGCACCGAGCUGCUCGCUUCGGAAUGUCGCUGCGAUGGGAAAGCCAUGCUGAUCGCGCAGAAUCUCGGUGACCGAUAUUCACGGGAUUGUGAAGAUGGAUGGUUGUGCUUGGUUCGUAGGAAGCUGGGCAACACGAGAGCGGACGAGGACCAUCUAAAUACUACAAGCCUAUCAAAUGCACCUCCGAGUCUCGAGGCCUUCUCAGGAUUACUCGCUCAUUUCACGCCAUCGUCGAAGCCCAGCUGCCCAGCUCUCAAUCGCAGUCUCAAAGUCAUUGUGGUCCGGCAAGAGGACACGCGGUCGCUUGGAGGGCUCCCAGCAACGCGAUUGAGAACAGUCGUAGCUGCCAGGAGCAUCGACAGUAUCGCAGCAGAACGCGCUAUAGCCAUGGACGCCAUACAUGGGCUCUGGUUUAUGGCAAACAUGAACGCUACUUCAUAG